UUCAUCUGUCAGUACAAAUCCAGCGACAAGAAUGAGUGUGUCGAAAUCCUUCAGUCCUCGCCUUACGUGUGCGCUGCUGCUCUGGCUUUGUGGAGUUGGCAUUGCGGUGGGAUUUGGGAGUGAAUCGCAUCCUGAGAACAGUUCCGUGACGUUUUGGCAGCGUGUCAAGGCCAGCUUCUCGGAUUUUCAGUGGCAGCAGGCGCAGCCAGAGGUGGAGACUCCGGAGACUAUACAAAAGCGACGCGAGAUAUGGCAGCGGCUGACUCUGGCAAGGAUUUUGUAGGAAAUGCAGCUGAGUAAACUGCACUGCAUUAGCCAAUUAUUGAUAUAAGCGAAAGUAAUUUGAAUCAAAAGGGCUUCAAAUAAAGUAUAAUCGAAUGGAUGAUUCAUUUUAUUAGGUGGCGGAA